CCGACACUCAUGUCGCUCCCUCAAGAGUUGUUGGAAACCGUCGUGCUCUACCUCGCCGGGGACAACAAGGCGCUAUGUGCCUGUCUUGCCUCGGCAAGGGCCUUCCGGCUCGCUUGCGAAGCCCAGCUCUUCCACACCGUCGUCCUCCAAAAACGCACGAUAGGCCGAGAAGAGGCCGAUUCGUUCAUCCGGGGCUGUGUUUUCUUCGCGUCGACGCCCUAUCUCGUUCGGUUCGUCAAGGAGCUGCACAUCCAACUCAGCACAGAGGCAUCGGAAGCCCGGCUGCUCGAGACGGUCUUGCAACGCUUCGCCACUACUGUCAUCCGCCUCGCGAUUCUCUCGCCGUUCUUGCACAGCAACUCCCAGUAUAAGAUGCGCGUCCCAGACGGGCUCGCAGCGGCGGUGCUUCAUGCGAUCACGCGUCCACAGCUCCAGCGAAUCGACAUAUUCCAUGUGGCGGGUCUGGAGACCCCCAUGCGCUUCCUCCCGCUUGCGGUCGACAACAACGAACUGCAUUUGGUGGACUGGAACAUCGUGAAUAUGUCGCUGCAAGUAGACAUAACCGCGGCGGGCCAAUACUACGCCAACGACAACUUUUACCGCCUCGCGCCGCUCUUCAGCGUGGUGCGCCAGCUUUGGAUCAGCUGGUCGUGGAUCUCUGUUGCCUACUGCCCCGAGCUGCCGCCCCUCCCCCGCCUUCGCACGUUCCAUCUGCAUGCCGAGGCACCGUACUACAUCACCGCCACCAGCGCCCCCCAGCUCGACCCCGCGUUCGCCCGCUUCCUGCCGUUCAUCGCAGCGCACGCUCCGCUGGUGUCCACGCUCCGGUUCUCCUUCGAUUGGCGCUUCAAGCUGCAGUGGAAACCCGCCGACGGCCUCCCGCGCGGACUCGCCGAGAUCACGGAGCCCUGGCCGAUGCUAGGGGCCGCCGUUUUUGGAGAGGCAUUUCCCAACGUGCGCCGCGUCGAGUGUUCGUAUUCGCUCAGCUGGGACGGCAGUGACGAAGUCGGCGGGAAUCUUGUGCAAGAGCGGGGAGAGUUGCAGGCAUGGUUGCGCGGCUGGACGGCUGAGAGGAUGUCGGGACCGGAGAGCGCCGGGAUCUUGGCUGUUACGUUCGACGAUGACUGA